CAUCUCAAGGACCAAAAGAAAAAUCCUCAUUUCUUGGGAAGAAGAUAGAGACUUCUAGGUUUUCUUCGGCUCACAACAAUGGCGGCGAGGGGUACUUUGCUUCGAUACCUUAGAGUCAACGUCACUCCUGCUCUUCAAAACCCUAGCAUUAGUUCCGAGCACUGUGCACUUCCCUUCAACGUACUUCUUCGUUGUUUUUCCGACGAAGUCAGAGGCUCUUUCCUCGACAAGUCGGAUGUCAGUGAUCGAGUCAUCUCCGUCGUCAAGAACUUCCAGAAGGUGGAUCCGUCUAAGGUGACACCAGACUCCAAUUUCCAAAGUGAUCUAGGGUUAGACAGUUUGGACACAGUUGAGGUUGUGAUGGCGUUGGAGGAGGAAUUCGGGUUUGAGAUCCCCGACAACGAAGCUGACAAGAUUCAAACCGUUGGACACGCCGUGGAAUACAUUGCUUCACACCCUCAAGCCAAGUGAUGGGGGAAAAAACUUCACUCCAGAACUCGCCCAUCUAUGCUUUUGUCAAACAGAUGGUUUUAUUAGCUGAAUAAGAAAAGCCAGAAACAUGUUUGAAGAAUGUAAAAAACUUCACUGCCUCAAGAGUAUUCUUUUUUCAUCGUUAAUGCUUUUUGGAGAUUGAUGUUUAUAACUAAGUUUUGAUGUUCUUUGUCGAGUAUUUCCACCUUGAUUCUUUAAA